CCUUUUCGUAAAGUCUGCCAGUUAGUCGGUUUUGUUGCGUGCGCCUGUGUGUAAAUCUUGUGUGUGUGAAUAAAAAUAAUGAAAUAAAUAAGGAAAUAAAUGAGGAAAAUGAGUUCAGGGAUUUGGGUAAUUGGGCCUACGACAUUUCACGGCGUGACAAAGGCAAAAAUAAACCGACUUCAAUAGUGCACAAGCUGAUUAACCAUUUAAAUAGAAGCGAUCCGAUCCACUUGUGUGUGGCUUUGUACAUACAUACAUACUUGCCCGUAGUAUGUAUGCAAACAUGCACGUAUUUUAGCCAGGGAGGGGUGCAGUGCACGAUCAGGAGCAGACCGACUCCUGAGUCCGGACAGCUGUUUCGGCUUUUCCGAAACUUAAACCUACAUAUGUACAUCAAUGUACACAUGCCUUGGACAGACCCUCGUUCCUGUGACUUCCAUUGUCAUUGUCUGUUCCUCUGCCUGUCUUCUUGACUGUCGAGCUUCUGAUAAGCUCGGCAUCGUUCGAAAAAGCUCUGCUCGCGAAUGUACUAAAUUAUAAUACACUUGAAUGUAUGUAUGUAAAUUCCGAUGUCGGACAUUAAAUAACGAAAUUUUAUAAAAACAUUUCAAUCACCCAAGAUGUUCGGGAAAUCGAAUCAUUUAAUUGCUAGCAGUCACCAGCAGCCUAUCUUGUAAUUGCGCGCCGCGGUUAAUCCGAAAUACCGGCUCCCAUUCCAGAGGAGCCUUCUCCUUCAGAGACUUACCGUAGGCGGUGUGUGCGUGAAGUACCAUAAUCCAAUCAACAAUUAACAACAACAAAAGCCCACAAUCAAAGUAACAACAAUGUUAACGACGCAAAAGAGCGCAUUUCUGCUUCUAGCGAUUGGGUUUUUGGCCAUAACAACGGCGGUGCUGGUUAAAGUAUUUCAACCCUACGAUUUGAUAUUCAAAUGGAAGUUGAUAAUGGCUGACAAGGGCGAAAUCUUCAAUCUGUGGGCCCAGCCACCAGUCGAUUUGUAUAUAAAAAUCUACCUCUUCAACAUAACCAACGCCGAGGCGUUCCUGGCCGGCCGCGAACAGCUCAAGGUGGAGCAGGUCGGUCCCUACGUGUACAAGGAGAUAAUGACUCACGAGAACAUAACGUUCAAUGACAACAACACCAUGUCCACAACCCCCAGUCAUCCCCUGGUCUGGCAGGAGCAUAUGUCCGAAGGUCGUCGCGAGGAUGAUGAGGUGAUAAUGCUCAAUAUUGCAAUGCUGGCCAUCUCCCACCUGACUGCCAGUCACCCGUUCUUCGUUCGAAUGGCCCUGAAGACCCUCUUCGUGAGCACUCAGGCGGAGCCCAUCGUUCGGACCACUGCCAAGGAAUUCAUGUUUGGCUAUCCGUCGGCAUUGGCCAGACUCGGCAACACCUUCCUCCCCAACUGGAUAUCCUUCGAGAAGGUCGGGCUCAUCGAUCGCAUGUACGACUUCUCCACGGAUUUCGAGACGUUCUACACGGGCGUGCCGAACCCGGCACUGUCCGGCCUGUACGCCACAUAUCGCGGGGAAACCACUCUGCCCCAGUGGGAGGGCGAUCACUGCAGCAACAUCGAGUACGCCUCAGACGGCACUAAGUUCAAGAGCUUCAUCGAGCCCAACGAGACGGUCAAGUUCUUCAGAAAGAGCAUGUGCAGGCCCAUCAAUUUGUAUCGUGUGGGCGAGCAGAGAACGUUUGGCAGCCUGAAGGGCUAUAACUAUGUCUUCGAGGACAACGCCUUUGACAACGGGGCCACCAAUGAGGCCAACAAAUGUUUCUGCCGCAAAGGUGACUGCCAGCCGGUGGGACUGAUUGACGUCACUGACUGCUACUACGGCUUCCCCAUCUCCCUCAGCUUCCCCCACUUCAUGAAUGGCGAUGUGGGGCUGCAGCAGAAUGUGACCGGCAUGAAUCCUGAUCCGGCCCAGCACUCGUCGGCGUUUGUCAUACAACCGGAAUCCGGUCUACCACUGUCUCUGUCCGUGAAAGUUCAGAUCAACAUGCACUUCAAGGAUCUGAGCAAUUUCCCGACAGUCGCCAGGUUCAGCCACCUGACCGCACCGAUGCUUUGGUUCGAAAUUAUGAUGCCCAGUCUGCCGGACUCACUGGACUCGAGAUUCAAUUUUUACCUGAAUAUCUUGCCGCUCGUCAAUCCUCUGGGCUUUUGGAUUGCCCUAAUUGUGGGCGUGGGUCUCUUGGGCUACGCCAUUACGAGGGCCACCCUCCACAUGUCAAGCUAUGCCCGCCAGGCAGCCAAUAUCUCUGAGGGAAAAUACGCCCGAGCGAAUCUUCUUCAAAAUCUAACGGGAGGUGCCACCAAUCAGGUGUACAGUCCUUGCGAACUCAAGUUGAUAGACAAUUCGGCGGGUGCCAACAAGCAGCAUAUGAUCGGACGAUCCACUGACGAGGACUUGGCCUUCCAGGAGCGUCGUCGCAAGUCGGCAUACGCUCUGGACAUGGAGCCGGCCCUGUCAGACGCAGGAGAAAGCAGCGACGAGGGCAACGAGUGCGAUACACUCACCUUGAGCCGCAACUCCACGACAUCCAGCUCUUGCAUAGAAAUCGAGCACUGCAAUGGAGAAGACGACAUCUGCAUAGAGUGCUUCGACGAAAACCCUCUGGAUUCAGAGCUGGCCGGGAGGAGUGCGGACGGGGCCGAGGCCAAGCAUCAAUUGGCCGUCAGCUUCGUCAGCAGCGGAUUCGCCAGCUCGCCCGCCUCUAUUCAGAGCUCCAGCUCCCAUGUGAAUUUUGACAGCAGCGAUGGGAAAGGCUGGGUGCCCUACGCACAGCCCCAUCAGUUUGGGGGAACAAGCCCGAAACACGUUUAGGAUUUUUAGUUGGCUGGUAGAUUAUGUUGUCGGUAGUUUUAGGUUCAUCGUAGCGUCGUAUUUCGGGCAUAUUGGGCAUCAACAUCGCUGUUUUGGUUUUAUAUAGCAUUUUAUUUAGUGUAAAUAAUAUAAAAGCCAAGUUGCUGUUUUAAUACUGUGAUAGCUUUAGAAAACAAAAAAAAAACGAUAGUCGUUGUCCAAAUUAUCCAGGAAGAACAGAACCCAUACAUCCUAUGUAAAUAGCCAGCACUCGAUACCAUUGUUAAAAUUAACAGGGGUAUGGUAUGGCAUUGUUUAUGUACAUAUACGAAAUUGUAGUCUUAGCCGUAGUCGCCUCCAUGAGGCGACAACCAUAAUUUGAGUUUAACUAUGAAUUAAAGCAAAUUACACGAUAAACAUCAGUUAGUUGCUCAAAAUAGCUGUGAUGUUGCAUUGAAGCAGAAUUUAAUAAGCAGGACUGAACGUUUUGCUCUAGAAUUGUAAUUGUCUUAGUUUUAGUGAUGUAAUACUAAUAAUAAAAGCGACAUUUUAUUUAAAGUGGAA